CAGAGGAUAUGGGAAAGUCCCUCAGUGUGCUGUCGCCGCUGCUCUUUCUGUUGCCCUCGGCAGAAGAUGACCCCCCUCUUCUGCUGCCCUUGCAAUACCCUCGUCUCACCCCAAAUGCCUUCUUUCUAUCAGGCACCACCGCUGAGAAUUUCUUUGAGAACAGAGCAGAUAUCUGCUGUUGCACGAAUGAACAGUGAAUUCCUCAGUGCUGUGGAUCUGCGCAGCAAGCAUCAGGUUCACUGGGGUUUCGUUGGGGCGUCCAGAAUCCAAUACAUGCCCAAGGUUUCGAGAAUCGUUCAUCAUAGAAGAACGUUUCGGCCAUCUGCUUGUUGGCUUACAAGUUCACAGAUUGCGAACGAUGCAUUCACUUGGGCCACAGUUUCUGUUCUUCCUUUCUACACUCUGAUGGUUCUGGCUCCUAAAGCCGCAUUGACUAGAAGAACCAUGGAGAGCAAUUUGCCAUAUGUUGCCCUCGGAGUUGUAUAUGCUUAUCUUCUGUAUUUGUCAUGGACUCCUGACACAUUCAGCACGAUGUUUGCCAGUAAAUACUGGCUGCCUGAGUUAUCUGGAAUAGCAAAAAUGUUCUCCAAUGAAAUGACCAUGGCUUCGGCAUGGAUUCACUUGCUGGCUGUUGACCUCUUUGCAGCAAGGCAGGUAUUCCAUGAUGGUCUAAAGAACAAUGUUGAGACUCGGCAUUCAGUCUCCUUGUGCCUGCUUUUCUGCCCGGUCGGGAUUUUCUCUCAUUUCAUCACCAGGUCAUUGACCAAGAGGGCUAAUCGGCCGCACUGAUAUUUGAACUUGCACGAGUGCGGGUUUGUUCUCCAAUCUAUUCUGCUCAUGAAAAAGGAAAAAAGGAAACAACUUUCGUUCACACUGUUUUGGAUUACAAAUAAUGCAAUCAGAUGUAAUGCUUAAUUCUCUUCUAUAUAUAUGGUUGGUUUCAUAUGUAGAACAUAUUGUUGAACAGCAAGGUUUCAUGAUGAAAUGUUGUUAUAAUGAA